GAGCCCUCCGCCGCCGCCGAUAGCUUCGGCCCCGCGGCGCCCGGUCGCGGGGGCGCGGCCCGCCUGCUGUGGGCGGGGGCGGUGGCGAGCGCGCUGGCGGCCGUGCAGUGGCUGGGGACGGCGGCGGGCACCCCCCUGCUGGAACCGAUCGCGGAGGCCGCCUGGGGCGCCGUCUGCGCCCUCUCCGGCUGGGCGGCGCGGGGCGCCGGCUGGGCGGCGGGGCACCUGGGGCGCGCGGGCGCCGCUGCGUGCCGCGCCCUCUGGACCCACGCGGCCGGGCCUUUCCUGGGCGCCGCGCUGCGCUGUUGCCAGCUGCUGCUCGAGCGGGUUCUGCAGCCCCUCUGCUCAGGCCUGCGCGUCGCUUGCGGCCGCCUCGCGCGGGCGCUGGGCGCGGGGUGCGGGAAGGCCCGCGGCGCGGCCGCCCAGUGGUGGCGGCGCUGCCUGCGGCCCGCCCUGGGCGCCGCGUGCCAGGCCCUGUCCGUGGCGGGCCAGGCCGCCUGGCGGGGACUGUGCGCGGCGGGGGACGCCGCCUGGCAGGCGCUGUCCGCGGUGGAGCGGGUCCUGGCCGCGGCUCUGUCCUCGCUGGAGCCGGGCCUGGUCGCGGUGGGGCGGGUGUUGUGCGCGAUGGCGAGCGCCGCGUGCGACGCCGUCUCGCUGUUGGCGGGGUGCGUGUGGGAAGUGGCGUUGGCCCCCAUCUCCGGCGCUGCCGGUCGCUUGGCCAGAGCAUUGUGGCGGGGUGCCGCCGGGCUGGCGCGGGCGGUGUGGCAGUUGGUGGCGGCUGGCGCGCAGCUUUCGUGGGAUCGCGCGGUGCUGCCAGCCGCGACAUUCGUCAGCGCGGCGUUCGUUCCCUUCACCUCCGCGGCGGUCACAGCGGUGUUCUGCCAGCAGGCGCUGGCUUGGCGUCCCGCUCAGGGCCUGUGGGCUGCCGCCUCACGCGCGGGCUUCGCGCUCGCGGCCCUGGCUCUGGCGGCGGUGUCCAUGCUGACUCUGUCCGAGGUGGCAGAGUCGCUGGGCACGCGCUGGGCAAGGCACUCGCGCUUCGUGCCGUCGGACGUGCGCUUCCCUUCCGACGCCUCCCCUCGGGCGCGCGCCGGCUACCAGCUGAUUCGAGGCGCGUCGUUCGCGAGGCGCCUCGGCGAGCAGGUCUACGUGAACCUCGACCUAUCGUUCCUGAAGAUGGUGCGUCUCGCCCUGGACCUCUUGUGGAAGGGGCUUCACGCCCUGACCACCCCACUGCUUGACGCCUGGCGCUGCCUCAAGGGCCUGGCGUCGGAAGCCUGCGCCGCGGUGAGAAAACUGCUCGGGGGCCUUCUCUCGGCGCUUGCGCUUCUGCUGAGCCUUCUGUGGAGGGGGUUGCUCGGGGCGGUGCUGCAGGUGUGGGAGUCGCCCAAGUUCUGGCUGCUGCUCGUGGCCGCCUCCAUGAGCACGGCCUACGGGGCGUGGAGCGGCCUCUUCGACGCCCCGCUGGGCUGCCUCGCGUCAGCGCUCGGGCCGCCCUUGGCCGCCACUCGCAGCGGGCUGCUGUGGUUAUGGUCGGGCGCCGUGGCAGCGCGCGCCGCGGGGGCCACCUCCGCGGCGGUGGCCUGGGCCCGCGCGUGGGCGAUGCUGGCGCCAGGCGCAGCCACGGGCUGCGGGGCGGUGGUCGGCGUGGCUUUCCAGAUGACCUCUCUGGCCUCCCAGCCGCUGCUCGUCGUCGAGAAUCCAGUGUUCGCCUGGAUCGUCUUCCUCCAGCACCUGACGCUGAGCAGAAUCUCCCUUCGGCUCAGCGGCAUGGCGGCCAACGGCGAUGUCCCUCCGAUCCUGUUCCCUCAUUGCCCCUCGCUCUGGCUGGGGCGUGCGGGGUUCAAGCAGGUGUUCGGCCCGCUGUUCUUGCUCGGCUCGCUGCAGCCUGUGUGCGCGGAGUUCUUCGUCAUCCUGCAGGUGCUCACCCUGCCCGUCCUCCUCGUCUACCUCGCCACCUCGGCGGCCAUCUGCGCCUGGGAGCUGCGGCAGUCGGCGCAGGGCAGCGCCCAGCUGCAGGAGCUCAGCACGCAGCUCCGGGCGGAGGCCGCCGAGUACCGACCGCUGCCGGGCGGCCCCGAGAGCGCCGGCGGGGCGCCGGGGGGGCGGUGGCCGUGGUCGCGGAUGCUCUCCCGCAGCGGCGGGGCCCCGGCGGCCUGGGGGCGCACGCCUUCCGCGCCCGCGGCGCGGCCAGCGGACCCGGAGACCGGGGUACGACGAGAUCGCAGGCUGGCUCAGGAGACGACUGCGCCCAGGGACAAGGCCCUCUUCGGAGACACGUGCACGAUCUGCCUGGAGGAGCACUACGAGGAGAGCGGGGAGGCGAGUCGACUGGUGCUGCCGUGCCGGCACUGCUUCCACGAGCGCUGCGCCGUCCGCUGGUUCUGCUCCAGGCCCGCGAGCGAUCGGCGCUGCCCCAUGAGGUGCGAGCUGACGCGCGCUGGCAGGGCACGGCGGGGCUUCUUCUUGUGA